UCUUCAUGACAGGGAGCUGCACGUGAUCGAUGCAACAUAACAACUUCUUGACUUGACACACAACAGAACGUCUGAUGGAAAUAACUGUAUCUGAACGUAUCAAUAAAAUAGAUCGGUAGCAGACAUUUUGAUAAAUAGCUGAAAUAGUUAGUGGUCAUGGAUAUUACAACAUGUUUUAUGUGUGGACAAAAAACGGCGAAUUUCCACUUGAUGCUAGACACAAAAAGCAAACCGGAACUCGGCAUCAGCUAUAUUAUCUGCCAACAUUUUUGGUUCGAGGAAGAUGUCCUGCAGGCUGCCACUAUAUGCGAGCCCUGCUGGCAGAAAGUGGACCAAUUCCAUCGGUACUAUCAAGAGGUGAAGCUACACCAUGAGCAAUUCUUACUGGGAUCGAACUCGGUAUUCAUCAAACAGGAGGAAGUCGAAUUUGAGGCGAACGAAGAUUUCCUAGAGAAUUCUACAGAUAUUCAAGAAGGGGAAGAAAACCAGUCGGAUAACGACGAGAGUAAAGGUGAUAAUGAAGAGGAAAGUAACCAGCUGUCGUCGGAAGCCGGUCCAGUUGGCAAGAGUUUAUCCAAAAGGAAGAUCGCUCAACAACGAAGAUUAGCCUUGGCCCUAGAGAGACAAAAGGAAGAUGAGUUCAUCAAGCAGCACAAAUCCUACUACUGUGACGAAUGUCCUGAAAAAUUUGAAACAUUUUCUUCGAUCCGUCGUCAUAUGGUCGUGUCUCAUAAUAAGACAUACAUCAGGUGCUGCAAUGCGCAGUACAGAGCGCGUUCUAGACUGUUCCAACACGUUCAGGCCGUGCUCAAUCCCGAAGCAUUCAAAUGCGAAAUUUGUGAAAAAACGUACACCCUGCACUCAGGAUAUCUCCGUCACAAGAUGGAUGCCCAUCCGGAAAAAGAUCAGCUGGUGUUCAGCUGCGAUCGAUGUCCGAAAACUUACUCCAGAGAAACUCUACUCAAGCGUCACAUAGCUCUGCACGAGACGCUGGAGAACGAAAGGGCGAAAUGCAACGUGUGUGGCAGAUGCUUCCAGACGAAGAAGGCUCUGAAGGACCAUAUAGAUGUAAUUCACGAAAAGACUACCAACUACAUCUGUGAGAUUUGCUCGAAACCAUUUGCCAAUCGACGCCUUUUUCUAGAGCACCGGUUGUGUCACGACGUUACCGAAGACCAGAUGAAAAGGCAGUGCCCCAUUUGCAAGCGGUGGCAGAAGAACCCCAAAAGCUGGAAGAGACAUUUGAGCCGGCACAAAGCGGAAGGAUCGCACAAAUGUAACCAGUGCGAUCACGUUUCGGUCAACUCGUUUGCGCUCAAAGUGCACAUUGAACGGCGCCAUCUGAAGAACCUGAAGUAUGUCUGCGACCAUUGCGGAAAGGAGUAUUCGCGCGCGCUCACCCUGAAGGAGCACAUCGCCAAUGCCCACACGGGACAACCGUUGUAUCAGUGUGAGCACUGCGAUAGGAGCUUCUUCUCCAAUGCUACCAUGUAUACACACAGGAAGAAAACCCAUCCGCAAGAGUAUCAGGAAUACAUCAAGGCCAGGUACGGCAACAAGGAGGCCGAAGAAGGAAUCGAUGAGCAGCAGAUGUCCUAGAAGAGCAAAUUUUCGCAAAAGCUAAAUGUGUAUGUUUUUAAUAAAUAAUUAUUGGAAAUGGGUGA